CGGAUCGUCAAUCCGUCCCCUUUCUUCCCUCGUCUUCCCUCUUUGAGAGGGCAGAACAGCAACAACGAUGGACGGCGACAUGACCGUACGGCAGCGCAUACAUCGGCGGCAUCACACUCGGCCGCCAGCACACCACGUCGUCGCCGCUGCUGAUCCGUCGGCCGCCCCUUCACUGAGCUCCUAUCUGUUCCCGAACCAGGAGCCGGAGAAGCUCUACGAUUCGCAGCGAUCGUCCGUCUUUGAGACCGACGGGCCAAGCGACGACACGCUGAAGAAAUAUGGCGGAGGUAGCGAGGCGGGCAGAGAGGAAGGCAAGUGGUACGUCAGGACUGGGUUUCGGAAUCCCUGGGACAGCUGGCACAAGCCCACCAUCGGCGAUGUUUGGAAUGGCGUUCGAUGGGGAGGAGCAGCGGAUGAGAGCGGCGAGGACAGGGCAGCACUGGCCAUCGAAGAAGAGGGCGAAGAGGGGAGGCAACAGCAGCGCAACUCGAUUGACGACGCGCUCAAGGUAGUUCCUCCAGACUUUUCCAUCUCCGAGCCUUCUUCGACCAAGGUGACCUGGCUCGGCCAUGCCACCGCUCUCCUCCAACUCCCCAUUGCUCGUCAUGGCGCCAGUACUAGCGAGCCGCUCCGGGUCCUUUUUGACCCCAUCUUCUCGGCCCGCUGCUCGCCGACGCAGUAUGUUGGACCCCAGCGCACCUUUGCCGCGCCGUGCCAGGUGCAGGACCUGCCGCGGAUCGACGUCGUCGUCAUCUCGCACUCGCACUACGACCACCUCGACUACGAGAGCAUCGUCCAGCUGUGGCAAAAGGGUGAAAGGGAAGGGCACAAGCCGCGAUUCAUGGUCCCUCUGGGCAACAAGGCUUGGUUUGCCAGCCUUGGACUGGGCAUCGAUGACGAAAACAUCGUGGAACUCGACUGGUGGGAUGAGGUCUGGCUUGCCUGGUCGGGGACAGGUGCUGCGUCUCUCUCAUCCACCGACGAAAUCACAAGGGAAGAGCCCCAUCUUCGCCUCAUUUGCACACCAGCCCAACACGGCUCAGGCCGUUAUGGCCUUGACUCUUCAACGACGCUGUGGGCGUCGUGGACGCUCGAGCACCAUUUCGAUGCUCGAUCAGAGCCCUUGAGGGUCUUUUUCGGCGGCGACACGGGCUACCAGUUCCAUGGCUCGCCUCCCGACCUGAACGACACCACCAGCUACGCCCCAUGUCCCGCCUUUGCCCAGAUUCGCAGACACCUGGGUGCGCCCGUCCACCUGUGCCUGCUCCCCAUCAGCGUCGGUGCGACAUUCAGCUUUGUCAAGUCAUACGACUUCAUCGGUGUCAUUCCAACCAUGGACGAAGGCCUGACGAGUGCCAACCACAUGGGCCCCCAGGAUGCCGUGCGCGUGGCACGUAUCCUGGGUGACCGGCACACGCUUGCCCUGGCCAUCCACUGGGGCACCUUUGUGGGAAGCUUGGGCGAGGUGCAGAGAUCCAUGAGGGAGCUCAGGCAGGCUUGCGACGACAAUGGCGUCGACUACGUCAGGGAUCCGAGCGAGACUGGAACGGGUGCGAGGAUGAUGUUUGCUUGUUUGAACCACGGUGAUGGACUCUGCUAUGCUUUGCCUCGUUAGAAGAAAUACCCAUUGUCAUUUGCACUGCCGAUUUGGGCCAGCAAUCUCCGC